AGUCGCCACCAGGACCAGCUGUUUAGGUCAAAUAGUCAAGGUGUCUGUUGGACUAGUUCUACCACGUGUGUGUGUGUGUGAUUGAUCUGCAUGCUUUCACCUUCUCGCUCUCUCACACACACUCACACACAGAGUUGAGCUGAAGCACACACCACACACUCCUUCGGUUGUGCGACACCACAAUGGACCACUGUGCUAGACUUUAUUGUGAGGAAUUUGAACAUGAAUGGUCUGCGACGAAGAAUGGUUAGGAAAUAUUAGUUGGAGUCUCUGAUCCUCUCCCUGAAGAAGUGCAUUGUGGGAGCGUCCUGUCCCGCUGUGCUGGAGGGAGGGACCUCAUGCCCCAGAAAUGUGAAUCAAUCAGCUAUUUCAGCCCAGCCCCUUACCAGGACCCACGGAAGCCAUCCUGCAAAGCCCAACUAGACUGGAGGUUAGCAAGCAUGCACCUCAAGCCAUACCCCAACCCCCAGAAGAAGGAGUCUGUGGUGGAGGGCCCCUGCGGCCUGCACGUGGACCAGCAGGGGGCGCUCAAGCCUGAGUGGGGCUUGCGCGCGCCCUGCCCUCUGGUGCCCUCGUCUGGCGGCGGCUCAGCCAGCCGCUGUCCACUCGGCGUCCUCUCUACCAACACGCUCCACUGUUCCUCCUCCUCCGCCAACACCAACAACAACACCAACAACACAAACACCACCAACAACAACAACAACAACAACAAAUUGAGCAGCUCCUGGGCAGCACGAAAGGGCAAAGGGAACCCCCUGGUGCCUGCAAAGGUGGCCCUCACAAGCUCCCUACUGCUCCUGGCGUCCCCUGCGGGGCUGGAGAACGAAGCCUCGCUGCGGAUAUACCAGAGCGAGGACGGCGACGGGCCCCUGGACAUCUGGGCGGUCAUCAAGCCAGGCAACACCAAGGAGAAGAUCGCCAUCUUUGCCGGUCGGCAGCGUGGGAGGUCGAACGACGACGACGGCGGCGGCGGUGGGGUGGGUGACGCUGCGCCGGUGGGAGAGGGAGGUCAACAGGAUACUCGCGUGACGUGCUCGAUGAAGAGCAAGGGCUGCUGGGGUGAAGGUGGCUCGCUGGCCAAGCGUCGGCGGCUGGGCAAAACGGACAAAACGGACAAAACGAAAAGCCUAGACAUCCAGAGACCACAAAAUCCAGGGAGGCUGCCUCCCCCAGUCCCUCUGUGCGAGACACCAGCUCAAUCUGCCGGCGACUCGGAAGAGGGAUUGCCACAAGUGGAAGGGGACGAAGGAGGCAGGAUGGUCUCUGUGGUGGAAAUGGUGGCCUUACUGGAGCAGUUGGCGAAUGGCGACCAACACAUGGACUCGAAGCCUGUUUCCCGCAACUCCAGCACCAUCACGCUGCCAAAAUCCCCCCCACCCAUACCAGAGCCCAAAGCGGUGGAGUCGGUGGAGGGUCAGGAGGAGUCGGAGAGUGUGCGGGUGCUGGACAUGGUGGCCCGGCUAGAGUCGGAGUGUCUGAAAAGGCAGAGCUCUCGCGAGUCAGGCGAGCUUUCCCGCAACAACAGCCUGCGCCGUAACGUGGCUCGCGUCCUGCUGGCCGGCUCGGAGCCUUAUCAGGCCCCAACGCAGCCAGAAUCGCCCGCUGACCGCCAGGUGGACAAUCAGCAUCUAGUUGAAGGGCCGUCAGUGGAGGGGAACAACCAGCCCAAAUCCCAAUCUGAGUCCUUGACCUCACCUCCCCCCUGUGAGCCCCCUGUGGUAGUAGAGAGAGUGGACAAGACCAGCGAGGCCCAGCUAGCUCAGAUGGAGAGCAGAGUCCUAGAUACGAGGAAAAGAGCAGAGAAGGACUUGGAGCGUCUGCAGUUUCCUGCUCCCGAGCUGCCUGGCACAAUCGAGGUUGAGGAGCCCAUGCCAGGCAUGCUGUUCUUCAGACAGUCUCCACCUCAGCCUCUGUCUGAACGGAAAACACCCCAUCACACAGAGACUAUGACCCACCCCAAAAUAUGCGUAACUGUGGAGGCCACAAUUCCCCCCAAGCCUCGGGACUCUCAAUUUGGGGGCUCGUCCAGGAUAUCAAAAGCGCCGCAGUCGCCUGCUCUUGCAGGAAAGGCACAGACUUUGCACACAGGUGUGGACAAUGAUUGCAGUUAUCAUGUGACUGGUGGCGAGGGCAUAGGCUGUCAUGGUGACGACGGGGAGGAGGACAGCGACAGCACGGGCCGCGAGGCGGCAACGUUCCCCCUGCGCCGGCAGGUCUCGCACGAGUUCCUGGAGAUGCGCUUCAAGAUCCAGCAGCUCCUGGAGCCCCAGCCUUACCUGGCCGUGCUGCCGCACCACGUGCUGGUCCAGAUCUUCAGCCUGCUGCCCACCCAGGCCCUGGCCGCCCUCAAGUGCACCUGCCGCUACUUCAAGUCGGUCAUCGAGAGCUACGACGUGCGGCCCACCGACUCGCGCUGGGUGUCGGAGCCGCGGUACCGCGACGACCCGUGCAAGCAGUGCAAGAGGCACUACCGACGGGGCGACGUGUCGCUCUGCCGCUGGCACCACAAGCCCUACUGCCAGGCCAUGCCCUACGGCCCCGGCUACUGGAUGUGCUGUCGGGGGGCCCACAAGGACGCGCCUGGCUGCAACGUGGGCCUCCACGACAACCGCUGGGUGCCCACUUUUCACCGCAUGAACAUGCCAAUCUAUAAGAACAGAGAGGGUGAUGAUGAGGUCUAGUGUGGGGGGGGGGGGUGUGUGUGUGUGUGCGCGUGCAUGUAUGAUGGAUGUGUCUGUGAUCUGGGGAGGGAGGAAUGGGAUUGGGACAAUAUAUAUAUAUAUAUAUGGGCAAUGUGCAACAAAAAAAAAUGAACUCGGUAUGCUUUUUAUCUGUGAGGGCUGUGUGUGCUCAAAGUGUGUUUGUAUCAAUAUGUUGCCAUAUUAUGAGUGUAAAUUUUUCUUUAUUUUUAUGUGUUCUGGGGUGGAUGUGUGAGCAGGUUGCUCAAACUCAUUAAGGAAUCGCUGGAUCUUCCCCUCUGCCUGUUUCCCCUCCCAACCUCCUGUCAAUCAUGACCAGCUGGCCUAUGAUAACCCUUCCUCAGGUUGUGGCAGUCGGUCUGCACUUUAAAGUCUGCAAGACUUGCCCACUCCAACGGUUUCCUUAACAGAAACGCUGUGUGGGGCCUGCUUGCUUGAAUGAAUUGUUGUGGUUUUGUUUGGAGCGAGCAUUAAUUGAACAUUGACUAAGUUAUAUUUGAAAAGAGCAUCUCUGUAAUGUUUGUCCUGAUUGUUCAUUUUGAUGCAUACUGAAGCACCCUGACGCGACACCAUUUGUUUCCCAGCUAAGCAUUAAUAUAUAUAUUUUUUCAAAGUCAGUUUCCUGUACAUCUACACACUGGGCAUCCCUGAAUGCUGUGGGCAAGCGUGUAUGGCCAUGCACCCUGCUUGCCUUUGUGGCGUUAUGACACACACACACACACACACACACACACACACACACACACA